AUGAUCAGCAACUUAAGGGAUCGUUGGCUCCUCCUCGGCCCCCUCCUCUUCCUGCUCUUCUUAGCUCCCCAUACUUCAGCGUCCUCCUGCCCCCCCGGCUCCUUCCUCCCCCUUCAUGGCCUCUGUACGCCAUGCCCCACCGGGACCUUCAGCACUGACUGGGACACGCGAGCCUGGUGCUCGCCUUGUCCUCAAGGAUACAUCAACUUCACUCCGAACUCUACCUCCUGCCCUCACUGCGACGUCGGCUUCUACAGAGACUCCUCGACCACCACCACCAUCACCAGCACCAUCUCUUCCUCCUCCUCCUCCUCCUCCUCCUCCUCCUCCUCCUCCAUCUCCACCUCCACUUGCAAGCCAUGCCCGCCGGGCCAGUACAACUCGUUGCUGGACAGCGAUCGCUGUGAGCCUUGCGGGGUCGGAACUGUUUCGAAGGGUUGGACAUGCGCAUGA